GGGAACACUCUCGACGUGAUGCUUGGAAACUCAAGGCUGAGCCCACAUCUAAAAAGGAAAGUGCAGCCACAUCCGAAGCUGCAGAACUUCUGAGAAUACUGAGAGAGUUCCUUCAACAGAAACCUCACAAGGAGGACAAGAAGGAUAAACCAGACACCGCAUGACUAAACCUUAUGCCUGAAACCAGCACCACUCCCAACGUCUCCACAACUGAACCAAGCACACAGAACACUGUUUGUCAACCACGAACUAUUGAACUAGCUGUUGCCUCAUCAAACAAUAGCAACACCCACUCAGUCCAGCUGACGUCUGCACCUCCUGACCAAGAAAGCAUCAUCCCACACACUGAGGUGCCAGAAAGUGCUGUUUUGGUUAUCUGUACCCACAACGAAACACACAAAACAUACCCUAACUGCUUAUCGAUCAACACACAAGCCCCAACACCAAAACUCCUGGGGAACCUGAUCGAGAAGGGAGUGGCUCGGAAACUCUACCUAACCAUCACUUUAGAAAAGGAAAUGAGACUCGAAGCCCUUGUGGACACAGGGUCAGACCUCACGUUGAUUUCGGCUCAACUAUUUAAUAAGCUCAAAUUUGAAGCUCAGAGACAGAAUCGAACUCUAAAUUUUCACACUUGCAAGCUGAAUGUACAGUCAUACAGCCAAAAUGACAUCCAGCUCAGAAAUGUAGCUCCCAUCCACCUGACGAUCGGACCUAUGAGCCUAGUACAUCCUAUUUAUGUCUCACCAAUGAACAAUUAUUCAUUUCUCAUCGGGAAAGACCUGCUUGAUCGCUUUGAGCCUUUACUAGAUUUCAAACAGCUGAAAGUCUGGGCUCAAGUGCGAGAACCUCUUCCCCUCCAACCACACAGGUCGCCGGUGCCAGACGGUCAGGUCACAGAGGUCACGAGAAUUCCCACAGAGCCAGACUGUCGGGUCACAGAGGUCACGGGAACCCCAGCAGCCAGCCAUAGGUAUCCAGCCUCAACAACAAACCAAGGCUCAAGUUCGAUCCUCUGUACCUUCAAGGCCACUAAAGACUCUGAUACCUACUGCCCCAAGGUCAAAACCGAACUGCAGCUGCAUGAUAUAACAACAACGGACAGUAUUCUGGCCAUAUGGGCAGACAACUCAGCCAUUAGUCUGUCACUGUACAAUGCAAUCACUGAGAAGACACCUGACCUCCCUUAUGCCAGCAAGCGCACUCGUUUCCCUUUGAACUCACACCCAUCCUCAAUGGUUUCUGCUAGAGGAAUCUGCGCUUUGCAUGUGAAAUGGAAUUAUUGGUGCCUGACUCAUUAUUUCCUGGUCCUUCCGGACCUGCCACACGAUGUUUACAUUGGAGCAGACCUCUUGAUUCGCCUCAAGGCUCAUGUGGACACUUUUAAUGAAGUUGUAUGGGCCCCAUUGACUUUGCAGCCACACGUUUCCAUCAACCAUGACAACCUCAUAUCAGGGCAGACCAUCCCAGAAGUCUGCACUUUAGUCAACGAACAGGAAACGGUGGUACCAGCUUACACCAAAGGGGUCGCUAUUCGGCUCAACAUGCGAUGGGGUCAAACCUUAAACCACACGCUGGGUUUCUUCCAACCCUCACCUGAAUGUGUGGAACUCGGACUCACACUGGAAGCCACACCCCUCACUGAAGUGUCAUCUCGUGUAGUCUACAUCCUGUUCAACAACUGCACGGCAACUAACAUCAACAUUCCCAAGGCCUACCGGCUGGGAUGGCUAGUAAGCCAUGACUUUCAUGAUUUUGAACUUGUACUACCUGUCAUUGGUCCCAUUCCACCCGCACUGAUACCCGAAGGGAGUACAGACAGUACAUUGUUCACUGCACCCUUCAAACUCAUUGCCAUCACAUCUGUUAUGUCGGUGCCUAAAGACCAAGUGUGCAGAACGGAGCUGACCGAGGAUGAACACCUCACAAUAUACACAGUCUCCCACAAGAACGUCGGUGAGGCUCAUGAACCUACUACACCUCUCAAUGCCAACCCGACUGAUGACACACCGAUGGAGGAGCCUUACCCAGGUUUUGAAUCUCAAGUGCAGCAAAUUCUACAAGACGCUAAUGCACUUCAAAGCGAUACAGAUCGUCAAGGACUCAGACAAGUUCUGUAUAAGUUCAAAGAAUCCUUUGCCAAAGACUCUCUAGACUGUGGUCUCACCAACCUCCACACGGUGCGCAUCCCUACGCACCCUGAUGCUCCUCCCACUUUUGUCAGACAGUACAAGAUUCCCAUCGCCUCACACGAACCAGUGCAGGAGAUCAUCGAAUCUAUGCUUGAAAAGGGGGUCAUCCGUCCAUGCAACAGCACCUACUCAGCCCCCAUCUGGCCCGUCCUCAGCCCUAACAAACACCUGCUACCCGACUGUCAGGAUUCACCUGCCAUCCGACCAUGGUGGUGGGUGUUGUCCGAUAAUGACCACAGGGCAUCAUCCGACCACAAAGGGGGAAUGUAACACCAAUGAGCGGAUGGUAUUCAACCAUCUGUUCCAUGUUAAUGAACCCUGACCCCUUUUUACACAUUCUACACUCAAAGACCAGAACGUGAGUUAAAGAAAAAACAAGGACUUUCGUUUUACAACCCUCUUACAACAUAACUCACCACCCUGGGCGCCGCCAUGACGGCAAUGUCCUGGCGGGGAUGAGAGUUAUAACACCUUGGAGACUAUCCAGAGAUGCGAUAUCGAACUUCAAAAGGGAAGACAAACAACCCCCCUUCUUGAUCGCACAUUCCAGUGAAACAGACGCACAUACACUCAAAAACAGGCACAAGCAUUUUUGCUGGCCCAUGGACCUUAUUUUACUUAAACUACCUCUAAAUGUAUUUUAAUGUCUCCCUUUUUGUGCUCAAAUGUAUGUAUGCGGCAUAAUGGAAUAUAUGAAUGUUACUGUGUGUUUAAUGCAAACUUUAUAUGCAUUUAGUUAAGAAUAACUAAAUAUCAAUGUAUACUUGAUGGAUAAAACUAUAGUUCUUGGUGUCUGUAUAAUCGUAAAAACACGACUGUAACGAAUCUUGAUAGCAAACUACAAAAAGAUGCAUUGUUUCAGAGGAACGAUCUUGCUUAAGAAAAAUGUUUAAUUUUGUCAUCGCCAUAAAUUAGACCAGUGGGCGGAGAUCAGCAAACAAAGAAGAUUUUUCCCGCCUCAGUUUGUUUACACUUCAUUGGAUCAUACUCAAAAUUAGGCGUGAACCUAGGUUCACGUAAAAGCUCGGGGAAACCGAUAUUCUGGGCAUUCCGCCAGAGAGAAAAGAGGAUUCCCAGCUUUGCAACCGGACUUCAAGAAGUUCUCCGUUAUUCUUCUUUACUUUUCGUUUCAUUCUAGUUUUUCUUUAUUGUCUGCUGAUAUUUGACUUCGUUCAAUUGCCUUCACGAGCCAAACGAACUCAAGUCUAGUCAUCUUUUGGCAAAGUUUACCUUCGCGUUAACCAUCGAGCUCACGCAUCAUCUGCUCUGGAAAGAACCACGCUGAGGCCGCACAGACCGGACAAUUUGAGCGCAGCUACGCACAAGAGCCAAAUCAAAGCAAGUACUUUCUUAUAUCGCAACUAAAAUUGCUGUUUAAGGUUGUCUAGGCUAUUCCAUGUUUGUGAAAUCAUUCAAUGACUUGGGGUCUCUUGCAAAGUUAACUGUUUGAAAUUGCCACGCUGAGAUUGCUUUCACUUUCACUUUCUCUCCCCCUCUCUCUCUCUCUCUCUCUCAUUUAUCUCUCUCUCUCAUUUAUCUCAUUAUUAUUCUUGUUCAUUUACCUUGUUUAAAUUGUAUUUUCGUUUUGCUAUAUACUCAUAUUUACUCCGUGUGAAUUGUAGUUAUGUACUCUUUAGUCUGUUUUUAUUAAAUCCUAUAAUUUGCUUGAAUUGAAUUGUUUUAUUGCUCAUUGAGAUCGAAGUCCCUGAAUCGUGUGAUCUAGCUACGAGCUUUGUUUUAUAUGAAUUAAUUUUCAGUAAUCUUAGUAGUACAGACACAGAAAAUAUUGUUUUUUCCUGAUCAGAAGAUUAAUAUUUCUUGGAGUUUGUAAGAAGGGUAUUUUUAUUGAAUUUUGAUAAGGAAGUCUAGCUUCCAGUUCGCUGGACGAACAGAUUGUCUAGAGUAACUUAAAUUAAUUCUAGUAAAGGUUACCUUUAAAUGAUUAAAUAUUCCCUCUUUGGGUAAUUUAAUAUUUGUAAGCAAUAAGCACGUUAUAUUCAUAGACUCAUGAAUAUUCACUUCAUUUGAGUUAAUUAUUCCCCAGAAAGUGAUUGUUGCUACAAAAACAAUGCACUCCACUGUGCUAAGCAAGCACUUCUCUGCUGUUUUCAUGUGCUAUAAAACAAUUAUCAGCGUUAAUUUGAAAUUUGCCAGCAGUGAAUAUAUUUGUCAGGCUGUGGGCUUAGCAACCUCUCAUCUUUAUGAUACUUUUCUGCAUCAAAUCAUAACAGAGCUAUUGUAAAGUUUCUCUCAUUGCUUUGCCUC